AUUUAUAUAAGCUAUACUAUAAUUAUGAGUAAAGACUUAGGUUAAAUUAAUCGUCGUGUAAUGUAAUGAUUAUAUGAAAGUUAUAUUAAUAAUUUUAUUUGUAAUUGUAAAUUUUUUUUAUCUUGAAGUGUUUAUUUUAUAAUUUUACAGCCUUUUUAUUAAUUAUUUCAAAUUUUCUUAUUCAUUAUUAAAAUAUAUAUUGACAUAAAAGUUAAAAAAUCUUGCAUGAAUUAUUGCAAUUAAAUUAAAAAUUCUAAAUUUAUUUCUUCAAUAUGGAUUUGAAAGCUGUUGUUGUUUCGGGUGAAGCACCAGAAUCUGAUGAUGAUAAUGCAAGCAUUGUUACUGGUAUAGGAUUUCCAUUUGUAAGAACUCCCAAUUAUUGUGGUACAAUUAUUUCUGGUGAAGCUCCAGAAUCAGAUGAUGAUGGGACAAGUUUAAGCAGUGUUAGUGGAGCAGUUGAUGCUAUGACUUGUAUACCAGAAAUGAAAAUACCAAAAUCAAAAAAAUGUUCCAUAAAAUACAAUAGUUUGCUUCAUAAGAAAUUACAUGAAUGCAAUGAAACUUUGGAUAAGGAUCUUAUACAAAUGGUUGAUGGAACAAUUGGUGCUGCCACUCAAGAAUUAACAACUGUUAAUAAACAAUUGUUAAGAAGUGAACUUAUUCUUCAAGAAGCUGUCUCUCAAUUACGUAACGCUUGCAAUCGAACAAGGGAUGCUUCCAAUGCACUGCUUCAACUUAUAAAUGAAAAUUUUGUAUCCUCUAUUAAAACCUAAUAUGUAUAAAUAUACUUUGUUUUGUAAGGUUAUUAUUCAAAUAUGUAAUGAAAAUAUUGAUAUAAUAAUAAUAAUAACAA